AUGUACGCGGAAAUAGUAGUAUUUUGUCCCAAAAGCUCUCAUUUACUCCGAAUUGCACGUCAUUUUCGUUUUCUUCCGUUCCAGGAUAGACCAGAUGAUAAUAUUCAUCUUGUCGCACAGUUGCGAGAACAAUUGAGUAAUAUGAAGACCGACUUGGUCAAUCAGAAAGCGGAAACCGCAGCCAUGCAAGCGCGUCAGCAACAUUUGGAAAAUUUGGUCCGCGAUUUGCGUCGCGAUAAUGUCGAUUUGCGGGAUCAGUUGGCGAAGUUGGACGAUGCGGAAAAUUCGCUGGCAGAAAGUGACAAACCACUGGCAGCAGGCACUCGAAUGCUCCAGAUUCAACUGGAACAACAAAACGAACGUGUUCGUGAAUUGCAACUGAAAUUGAACGCAUCACGUGACUAUACGGAACAGUUAGAAGCUCGAAUCGCCCAAUUUGAGCAAUCAUCUGCGAUCAAUCCCGGUAGCAAUAUCUUACCCAUAAUGUCCAGCCCAGGCCCAAUCAUGGUUCAGGUGAGCCAGUCUGAUGAUCCGCCAAAUGAGGUACCUGGUAAUACGGCUGAUAGUACCAUGCCUACUGUAACGCAACUUUUACUUCAAACAUUUCGACCUGCCACUUGUCUUGUUUCAUUGAAUGGCAUGGGUGCUUUGGAUUUACAGGGAACUAUGUAUGAUGCUAUGGAACGUGAUAUGCCUGGUUUCCGGGCUCCUCGAGUGGAUGACAAACUGCUACAGGACACGAUACGCACUUUCCAAGCUUUGUUGAGCGAACGAGAUCAAGAAUUGGCCCAACUGAAACAGCAUAUUCGUCAGCACGCGGAUGAUCUGAGUAUGCAUGAGCAGUGCAAAGUUAUCUUACCCCAACUGUUUGAGAGUGCUGUGCAAACUGAUUUGACCAUGGAACAAGCACAAAGGCUGGCUUCAGUCACUAAUACUUUGGCUGAGGGCGGCCUGUUGCUCACAUACGAUCAGAGUCAUGCAUUGCUCAAUGAAGUCUAUCAGUGCGUUGAUGCUCUGGGCUCAGACGACGACGAAAGUGCCAAAACGGAUCGUCCUACACGAGAUCAACUUCUUGGUUUUACGGAUCUGCUCACCGCUACCAAUCGACUACGUGCGCGUGUUCAACAGUGCCCGAAUUCCGGUGCUAUGGUGAACGGCGAAGUGCGGAAUCUGGUGAAAAUUGAGAUGAACGAGGCCUCGCUAUCGCCUCCCCCUGCCCCGGGGAAUGCUGUCACGGAAUGCGUCUUCUGGAGCAAAAGUUUUCGUCGUGGUUGGGAUCAGGGUGUUUAUACUGAAGUGAGGCGACCGAAAUCCCAUAUGAACUCCGAUUCCGCAGAUCGUUCUCAACCAAAUCAAGGUGAAAAGUCAACUGCGGAAGGUAAAAAGGGGCUAGAGCUCACCCAACCAGAUUCGAGUUCAGAUACGAGUAAGCUGAAUGUGACAAAAUCUGAGACCAGUGAACCACCCAAGCCUGUAACCGAUGAUAGUUUUAAAGAGGUGAUCGCGGAAACCAUACGGAUUUUGAAAGGGGAAAAGAAGAAACAACCAAAAGUGAAACCAGAACCGAUAAGCGAACGUUUCUUUGACGUUGGACUUCAGGUCGGUUCGGAUUUAGAAAUGGAGGCAGAAGAUGGUGUCUCACGGAGCACAGUGGACAGAGAGGCCGUGUCGCCUGUACGACGCGCAUUCAACAAGUGGUACCGCUUCACGCGAAAAGCUCGUAAAAAUCGAGAAAAAGAGCUUGGACGCUUGGGUGUGACCAAAGUGGGAACUACGGAUCCACGGAGGAGAACCUAUGUCUUGCCGGACGCACAACCCGCCAUUAUAGAAGAAACAACGACAGCUGUGGACGGGAGCCUUCAAAAGGACCAUCCUGACUCGCAAGUCGAUACGCAUGAAGAGAAAGAUUUACCAGCAACUGAAUCGGUCUCCAAAACGCCUGGCGUAUUGUCAAAAGAAGGAAGCAGAGCGGGGUCGGUGCGGCAGCAAUCGGUAUCCGAACCAGCCAAAAUGGAUCGGGCUGAUUCAUUCGAUACAGAAAAGUCUCGAUCGCCCUCGAAAAAGAAACAGUCUGUUUCGGAUUCUUACUCUCGCAGUUCUGUACAAGGUAUCCGAUUUGGUCCGGGUGGAUAUUCAUCACAACAGAUAGAUAAAUCUGACGUCCGAGCGGCAGAAUUCUUCCACAAACUCAUUCUUGCUCCUCAUCCCUCACUGACCCCGUUUAGAGCUGGCCAAACCAAAUGUCAUCCGGAUAUAUUCUUGAGCGGUUUGGAUCUCGUGCUCACGGAUCCGGCCGAACUGGAAACAUUCCAGUUUAUGGAUGACCUAGCUCAAGAAGCGUUCGCCUUCUAUGUGCUCAUGUACCCGUUCACUCGACACGUUUGCUAUUUCAUCAGUGGCAAACAUUGUCUUGCUCAUUCUUUGAUCGCACGGGACUGUGGUCAAAGCACAUUUUUUGAAGAAAUGUACACGGCUUGUGGACGACCAAAACUACUUCGAUCACACAUCGAGAAGUUAGUUUCAAGCACAGUACAGUCAUUGGCAAAACGUGUGCCGAAAACCGAUUUGAAUACGGAGGCGGUUUGUGGUGCUGACCAGACCGAUUUGGCAUGUAUCUUAGGUCAUUUUUUAUACUCUAAUUACCAUUAUUGGCGGGAAACAGUGACGGCUCAAACAAACGGAGCAACGGCUGUGAGGAAUAAAAGCGAAAAACGACGAUGGCUAGAAGAUGCGCUUCUAUGUUUGACGUUGAGUGGAGUCAGUACUGUGCUCUCCGAUGCCAUCCCGGCCGAUACGCAUGAGUGGAAAUCUGGAGACAGUAAAGCGAACUUAGCGGAAACAAUCAAUACACUUCUCACGCACUGGCGUAGCCAGUCCCCAUCGUGGCUGAUUGAGAAAUUGCGAACUGCGUUGAUCGAACUCCCUCGUCCCAGUCUGAAUUGGUAUGUGGCUGUGAUCGAUUUAUCUCACGUGCCACGUGAAGUUUUAUCCCGGAUACUAGGACGACUGUGCAUGCUGAGCCUGGGGCAUGGUGUUCUGGGGCACGGUUCUAACACGACCAGAUCGGUAGACACUGAUCGUCUGUAUGUGAACCACAUUCAUGGUAUCUUGCUACUUCGAAUGCGCCUUACAGCCCGUAUAUUGUAUCCGAUCAAGUCCGCUGCACAAGCCGGGGAUUUAAGUAGUAUGAAACGAGCAGUAGACGAACUCGGUCCCCCGUGCCCACAAUACCAUCUGAACGAACUGAUCACAACCACUGGUUUGGGUCCGUAUGCUCCACUUGCUGCUGAUCUACACGAUCCCAAAGUUCAGCCCACCUCGAAAUUAUGGCUACCCAAACACAAAUUCAUUCCCUCCACCGAUCCGUCUCUGUUCGUUCUUUCACGUCUGUUCAUUUGUAAAGCGAUGGACUUGAUUCGCACCUACACCCCCGUGAAUACUAAGGCGAGCACUAACGCCGCGUUACGAUUUGCACGUUCACUGAAAAUUGCCUUACCGAACAAUACACCGCAACGGCUAUCGUUGCGUUGGCUGUUGAGACAGUUGGAAGCACACAGGGAUUUGAUGUACGGCACUCGGGAUGUGGCCGGUCAACUGAUGCACAUUUGGUGUCAAACGAGCACGGAUUGGAAUCAGGACACACUGUCAUUGCAGACCACGAGACGAACCUUUGUGGCCAAUGUAUGGCGUCCGUUAGAACAGACUGUGCUCCGCUUUGCUGGCUAUUGUGAACGUGAUCUGGCCUUCACGGAACCGUCGUUCAUGUUUGUCCUGGUUGCGCUCGCGGAUAGGGAACAACUGUAUGCCAAUCGGAUCAAAUCGUUGUUGUGCACUCAGUUUUGGCCUUCUCCUGCCGCGGCAUACGCGCCCCUGUGGCAAACCGGGAAACGACGUUUGACAAGGUCACAGUCUGCGGCUCUGAAUCAAGGUCAAAUGGAAGAUCAACUCCUGGCUGAGAAACAAAGGGGCGAAGGAUACGUGCCAUCGGAUGUCGAUAGAUCGCCUGAAAGGAGUAACAGUCGGCGUAUGACUACGUCCAUGAUCGAUACGCACUCUGGUCGCAAACCGCACUCGCCCGAACACUACAACGGCCAACUGGAUGAGCUUCGUCAGACCGGUGACCUCGAAUCCGUCCGUGCGCAUCUGGGCGUGAGCGAACGACGACGACAAGAACUGGAACAUCGAUUAUUGGAAAUUACUGAGGAACUCUCACGCGCACGUGCCGAGGCUCGCUCCGCUGACACGAGCUUAGCCGCUGCACGUCGUACAGAAGCCGCGCUAAGGCGGCGAUUACUUGUCGCCAUGGAUAUGCAAGGUUCAUGCACGGAUCCCAGUUCGGUCCGGCACUCUUACAGUGGAACACUUAGUGCAGGCACGGAGGCACGGGAUGCACUUGAGUUACAGGCAGCACUCAUUAAAGCAGAGGCCACGAACGCAGCACUGACAGAAGCCGCACAGCUAGACCGAAGUCGUCUACACGAACAGGCUAUGCGUAUCGGGCAGUUUGAGGCCGAACACAGAGCCCUACUAGACCGUAUAUCGAUCUUGCAAACAACUGAAGCCAAUGCGCAACGUGGAAUAGUUCGCUUACAGGCUCUUUACGAGGAUAUGCUGCGCGAGUACUCAGAAUCACGUUCACAAGAAUUGAAUUGGCGCAGUCGUGAACGUUCCCGUUCCAACUAUCGACAGCAACAGAAUGAUUCAAAAAGCUCCAAGCCACCUACGGCAGCUCGUACAGACCCAAAUGUUUCGAAACUCCAACGUCAGAUUCAGGAUUUGGAAGCGGAAAACCGUGCCCUCAAGCAUACAAUUAAUUCUCAGAACUCGCCAGUUACGGCCGUGGUCUCGCAACCAGUUGGACCGUGCAAUUCACCCGCCUGCAUAGAAGUACGGCAUCUACUCAAAGCAUUCCAAGAACGCUUCUCCGAGGCUGUUGGACAGGCUGAGAAGUGCUUGGACACCCCUCACAUGGAAGACGGUAGUGAAACGAGUGGCACUGUGCGAAACGUCCUGGUCACUUCACUGCGCAACAAACUUACCAGUCUGCAACAGCUUCUCCGACACGCGGAAUCUGGCCUCGAUCCGGCCACUUUUGCAACUGAGAUAGCCACUUGCAAUCAGUUGGUUGCUCGUCUAGAAGGGUGGCUAAAUCGUUACAUGCAUCGUACCGAUGGUGAACUGUCUGAACUCAGAUCACGUCUGGUCGAACUGCAAAUAUCCGCUUUUGCUUCAGAAGCACCAACGUUCGUCACCUCGUGUACUGAGCGAGAAAAUGGACAUCCGUUCUCAUGCUCCAUCAGCCUGAACAAGAAGCCAAACACAGAAUUGCUUGCCCAACGCGAACAGGAAAUCAUGAAACUGCGAAAACAGUUGCGUGAGAUUGAAUCGGAACUGGAAUUAAGGAAAACGCAUUCGUGCGAAUCGCAGCCGUUACUUGCCCGAGCAGCUGAAAUUCGCACUGCAGUGUGGUUAUUUGUUCCCUGA